AUGUCUUUUCAAGCUAAGCGUAGGCUUUUAAGAGACUUUGCAAAACUUUCAAAUAAUCCACCACAUGGUAUUUGUGGAACACCUAUUGAUGAUGAAAUGCUACAUUGGGAUGCUGUAAUUUUUGGGCCUGAAGGAACUAUUUGGGAGGGUGGGAUAUUUAAGUUAGAUAUUCAAUUCACCGAGGAAUAUCCUAACAAAGCUCCUAAAAUCAAAUUUGUGACAAAAGUUUUCCAUCCAAAUGUAUAUAAUAAUGGAAAUAUAUGUUUGGAUAUUUUGCAACAACAUUGGAGCCCCGUUCUUGAUAUUUGCUCGAUUCUUACCUGCAUUCAAUCGUUAUUAAAUGACCCCAACCCCAACUCCCCUGCAAAUGCAGAGGCUGCCCAACUCUAUAUUGAAAAUAAAUUAGAAUACUAUAAAAUGGUGCAAAGAUGCGUAAAAGAGUCACAAGAAGAAGUAAUGACAAAUAACUAA